AUGGAUUCAUACUCGGAGCCCGGCAGCGCCGAGUCAAGUGCCGACGAGCAGCACAAUGCCUAUGACUCAGGACGUCACUCAGAUCUGGACGAGUUGUCACUCAUGGAUGAACAAGAGCCGGGCGCUGGCAUAAGCUCAGACUCCGAUGAAGUCUCUCAUGUCACGCCUCGGAGAAGGGCACUGGAUUCGGCUGGCCCUCAGAUAUCUCCACGAAUCGCCUCUACCCCGCCGAGACGACCGCCCGUCAAGAUCACAGACAGUCCAGACCAUUCCAAGGAACCGAGUCCAUCGUACACUCGGCCAGGGUCUACCGCACAUGUACCUUCGAGCGCGGGCACGUCGACUCCAACGACAGCAAAGACGCGGCCGAUGUCGCGUAUGGCUGAUGCCGAGGCUAGCGCAAGGUUUCACUCGCUUGGCCCGGACAUCGCAAGCCCAGGCAGGCGGGAUCAGUACCGCUCAAGCGAUAAUGAGAUGGACGACUCGCUUGAUGACAGCCUGAACACUUCAACGUCUACAAAGGUACCGGACACCAACGAUGCAGGCGCGUCGAGACAGCGUAGGCUGCCAGACUUUGGCCUUGUGGAACAGCAAGAGCGGACUGAAAGCUUGUCAUCAACGGUGGUUGCGUUGCUCGAAGAGCGCAAUGUCUACAGAGCGAAACAGUACUCUAGCCCGGGCGCAAACACAGCGGGGCUUCUGGCAACCAUCAAAGCUCUCAAAGAGGAGAAACGGGAGCAACAGAAUAGCCUUGAAGCCUUCAAACAGUCGCAAUCGAUGAUGGUGCAGCGCUGCAAGUCAAUGGCCGAUGAGCUCAAGAAUGCUCAAGCCGAGACAAAGGCGGCGAACGAACGAGCCGCAGACUUGCACAGACAGCUUGCGCAAGCACAACAUCGCAUCAAAGACCUCGAAGCAGACAGAGAGCGCGCCGACGAGCGUCAUGCAAUCGAACAGAGACGUUCCCAAGACAGCUUCAGCCGUGACCGCGAUCUUCAUGAUGCUGCCCGUCUUAUAGAGAGCGAAAAUGAGGAUCUGAGGGCACAAAGCCAAGGCAUGCAAGCGCGGUUAGAGACAGCAGAUCAUCGGAUAAGAGAUCUUCAGGAAGCAAUACGUAGUCUGGAAGACGAUAGCGAGGGCCGCGUCGAUCCGGCUGUUGUCGACGAAUGGCGCAACAAGUACCAGGCAGAAUACCUCAGAGGCAAUCAAUUGCAGCUCAAAGUUCUGGGGAUGGAGCAAGCGACUAAAGAGCUAUCACUCCAAUGCGAGACGAUCACUUCAAGAGCAGAAGCGUACCAGCAGGCGAUCGAUACUAAGCAUAAAGAGGCGCAGCUGCUGUCUGUCGACCUUCAAAAGAAGCAAUCAGCCAAUAUGGCGCAUCAGCGCGAAUUGCGCGAGGUCAGACAGCAGAUGCAAAGCCUUUAUGCGACCCUACAAGAGUACGAGUCCAGAUGGCAGAAGCUCGCUGAGAAGGGCAUGAUCGAUGCACGCAACAUCGAUAGCCUGGAGACUGCCUUGCGUAAUUUGCAAUCGGAAUACGAUAGCGAAAGCGAAAAGCUGAAAGAGCAAGUUGCACAGGCACGCACUCAGUAUUCGAGCACAUCAGCAGCCCUGGUCCAAUCGCAGGCCAAGUCUUCGCAGCACGAAGCUCAACACGUACAGGCGCUCUCUGAGCUCAACGCAGCUCUGCGAAAGCUCGAGAACGAGCUCCAAAGCGCCAAGCUAGCGCAUGACGACUCACAGAAGAAGCUAGAAGCUGAACAUGCGCUACGUAAUGACGAGCUUGCUGCCUACCGCAGAGAGCGUCGCAAACUUGAACUUGACUUCAAGCAGCGACUUGCGGAAAAGGAUCAGCUGCACGAAAACCUAAGAAACGACAUCAAUAAUGCCGAGAUCCAUCUGGAAGCGGACAAAGCAAGUAUUCGGGAGCUCGAGGAUGCGUUGCGAAAAGCCGGCGCCAAGGACAAGUCGCAGCCAAAUUACCAAACUGCAAUCUACCUCGAGCAUGAUCGUUUGCAGCGCGAGCACGAUGACUACCGAGCGCGAUACGAAAGGGCCAAAGCCGAAGUGCAAACUCACAAGCAAGCUAUUGGCCAAUUAGAGGCCCAGAAUGCGACGCUCAGCGCCGAAAAGGGCGAGGCGGAGAAGGCUCUGUCAACUCAGAUUGAGAACAGAUUGUCGAUCACUGCUAAGCUGGAUGACACUCAAGCUAGGCUGCAACGAGCAAAGGCCGCGUACGACACGCUCAAAGAGAGCACGCCCGCAAAGGUGAGAGUCUCCGACACACACCUGACCGGCCAGGUCACCGAAAGAAACAAGCUCCUGGAGACCGCAUUGACGGCUAUAGAGGAAGUGCUAGGAACAGGCUCAGCACGGACAGGAAUACCUCAGCCCAAACCGUCUCAGGACUUUACGAGCUUUUCCAGACAGCUUCAGAGCAAGCUCAAGAAUCUCGCUGGCAUCAAGGCUGCAUUUCGUCACAGAGCCUCAGAGAUUGAGGAGAAAUUCGUGGCCCAGCUGGCGAUGCUGCGCAAAGAGCAAGAUAGCAAACUCAAACUUAUUGAUCGCAUCGAAACGCAGCUCAAAGCAGCACAGGCGUUCUCGCAGGGAUGGCGCGCAAAGGUAGCAGCUCGAGAUGAGGAGAAUGCUACCCUUCGAGCAGAGGUUGAAGAACUGCGGAGCAAUCUAGUCAGCUUCUACGCUUCGACAGGCGCUGAGCCGGUGAUGGCGCUGAGGAUCAAAUACAAUAAGAUCAAGGAGCGAUUGCGCAUCUCCGAGACACGCUUGAUAGCUGCCAAGGCCACGGUAGUCAAAGGUAACGAGAAUAUCAAAAAGAUGGAUGUGGAGCUCAAGGCCAGAGAUGAUCUCCUGGACAAGUACGAGGAAGAUCAGAAGCUCGGCGCGGAGCAAAUGACGCGUCUACAGCAUGCUCUCGGGCGUUUGCAAAUACAAGUAGAUCGUACAAGCAACACCGAAGCUUUGGCGGCAAUCGUCGAACGCACUCGUCAGAACAGUCACAAGUCAUCGUAA